AUGAAAAAUGAAGAAUACAAAAGGCUAAUAUCCCUAUGGGGAAUAGAACAUCAAGAAAUAUUAAUGAAUAGUUCCAUUUUCUUUUUAGGUAGUAACAUAUUGACUUUAGAAAUAUGUAAAGGUUUGAUUUUGAGUGGUGUACGUAAUUUGAUCAUAAUAGACGAUGGAUUAGUAGAUAUAGAGAAUUUAAGAAAUUAUAAAUUAUAUUAUAAUUUAUGUAAUACAAAUGAUUAUAAAUGUAAUGUUAUAAAAGAAUAUUUAAAAAGAAUAAAUAAAAAUAAUGUACAUAUUAAUUGUAUAAUAACAAACCCAAGAAAGUAUUUUUAUAAUCUUUUAAAAGAAAGAAAAGAAAUUGAUAAAUAUAAAUGUAAUGAUAAAAAAACAAAUGUAGAUAUUGUUAUAUGUAAUUUGAAUAUUAAAGAUAAUAUAUAUAUAGAAAAAUUAUGUAGUCAAUAUAAUAUAAAUAUUAUAACUUGUAAUUAUACUAAUAUGAUAGGUUAUUUAAAUGUAUGUAUAAAAGAGCAUAAUCACUUUUACAUUCAUAAUAAUCAUAAUCAUAAUAAUAAUAAUAAUUAUAGUUUUCUUUUUUAUCAUUAUAUAUCCUUAUCAUUAUUAAACAUACCAGAAAUAAAUGAAUAUGUAACAAAGUUAGAUUAUACAUCUUUUAAACAUAAUUCAAUGACUAAUAAAAUUUUUUUUUUAAUUAAAUGUUAUAAGGAUAUAUAUAAUAUACAACAAGAAAAAAAAAUCAUAAUAAAAAAAAAUAAAAUAAAUAAAAUAAAUAAUAAUAAUAAUAAUAACAAAAGUUAUAGUAAUAUUUGUUAUAGUUAUGUAGAUUCUCAUGAAAUAAUAAAUUGUAAUCAUAUAUUAUUAUUUAUUAAAAACAAAUUGCUCCUAACAAAUUUAUCAUUUCCAAAUUUUCAAAAUAUAACACAUGAAUUUUUAGCAUUACACAAUAUAUUAUGUCUAAUAAAAAAAUAUAUAAUUCAAUCUAAUAUCCAUAAUUAUGAGAACAAAUUGUCUAUUUCGAAAAAUCACAUAUCUUUCUUUUUAAUAGUAUAUAAAAGUUUUAUCCAAAAAAAUAAUUACUUACCAUAUCUAUAUGAUGAUAUCAACUUUGAAGACCAAAAUAUUAACACAAUAGUAAUAAGAAAAAAACAACAUGAUGAACAAAAGAUACAACAUAUAAUUAAUAAAAAGAAAAUCAAAUAUUCUUUUUACAAGCCAUUCUCUAUAACAUACUUUCGUUAUUUUUUUUCUCACUUUCAUUUUAUAAAACAUAUAACAAAAGAUGAAAUAAAAAAUAACGACGAAUUAUUGAAUCACUGGCAAAAAUUUGUGUGUCUAUACAAAUAUAACAUGGAAAAAAAAGAAAAGCAAAAAAAAGAAAAUAAGGAUAAUAAUAUAUAUAUAGACCACACACACGAUAAUAUUAAUAAUAAUAAUAUAUAUAUAGACCAUACACACGAUAAUAAUAAUAAUAAUAAUAAUAAUAUAUAUAUAGACCAUACACACGAUAAUAUUAAUAAUAAUAAUAAUAUAUAUAUAGACCAUACACACGAUAAUAUUAAUAAUAAUAAUAAUAAUAUAUAUAUAGACCAUACAUAUGAUAAAAAUUGUAAUCAUUUUCAUAACAAUUUUCAUAAUGAUCAUUAUAAUUUCCCAUGUGCAAACACACAUUAUAACCACACAAUACAAAUAAAAAAAAAAGAAAGAAAAAUAAAAAACAGUACUCCAAUUCUUUUAUGUAAUAACAAAAACAAUGAUAUCCUUUAUUUUUUUAAAAACACAUUAACUCAUCAUAUUAAAGAGACAAUAAAAAAAGGAACAACUAAUGUUUUUAAAAAUGAAAAUAUAAAUACAAUAUAUACAUCUAUAUACCAAGAAAAAGAAAUAUAUUUUGUAAAGAGUCUACUCCUACAUAGUCACAGAAAUACAUCCACUUUAAAGGAAACCAUACAAAAUAUUAAUAACUCUCUAUUGAAAUAUAAUAAGACAAAUAAUUUUCCUUCUAAUAUAUGUCUGGUUUUAUUAAUGUCUGGAUUUAUAACACAAGAAAUUCUAAAGAUUGCCUCACUGUAUUUAAAGCCACACAUAAAUUACUACUUUUUCGAACUAUAA